AUGAUGAGACUCAGAGUUGCGUUUAGAAAUCAUCGCCUCGUAUUUCCUGUCAAGGAUACGAAAAUUAAGAUUGGCCAAUUACUUUCCGACAUGGAAGAACGAUUCUCUUCUCAAAUUCUGAGUUCUUAUCAAUUGAAUAAUGAAGAAGAGAAACGAAAACAUGCCAAGAUUUAUGAUCUCAUGUUGUUGGAUAGUUCUAGCACCCUAUCUUCAUCCUCCAAUUCAAAUCAUCCACCAAAUACAGAAUAUUUAUGCUGUAAGGAGGAUUAUGUUGCCGACGUGUUGAGAGAUGGUGAUCAUGUUAGAGCUUUAGAUGAGCAAGCUUGGAUUGAUUAUCAAGUCGAACAUUUUUGUGAUAGAAAGAGAGCUUGGGUACAUUUGGUGAAGGAUGGAGUUUUUGGAGAGAUUGGUUAUCACAAAAAGAACAAAGUCUAUUGUCUCUUUGGAACUCACCAUCAUAAGCAAUACUUUGAAUUCACUGUAGAUGAGUUGCGUGAGCGUUACAAAAACAAGAACGUUCAUGAAAUUGGAAUGGAAAAAGAUUUUAAGGGCUUGUGGUAUGUCUGUGCCAAAUUUGAAGAACCAACCACUGACGAGUUGAAGGACGAUAAGAAAAUGCUUUGUGAAAUGAGUAUUCACUUGAAAACAAAUUCAGAAGAUGACAAGGUUUACAUUCAUCAAUUGGCUCUCGAAGCACAAAAAAAAUGUUUUCAAUACGGAUUUUGUCCGUUCUGUGGAACUCAAACCACCUCGUUACCAGAAUAUGCCGAGUUUUCAGCACAACCCCAAAAGCUUUCAGAACAAAUGUGUAGACACGUGGUCAAGUGUGCUCUAGCUGUUGCAAAUUCCAAUCAAUGGGAUUUGUCGGAUCUACUUCCGAAGCAAAAUUAUACCAUCUUGAAUUUACCUGAAUUAUUGGACAAUGAUGACGGUGAAGAUCCCAAAGAUGAAGAUUUUGUCAUGGAUGAUGAUGAUGAAAUGAGCGAUGAUGAAGACUCCAUCACGGAAGAAGAAGUCUCUCAUCUCAAACAAGAGACUGAACAUUUGGAAAUGUUGGAAAAGCGUGAGACCCGCUCUCAUAACAAGACGAAUACCGGUAUUACUGGCAACCAUGUUGUUCAUGAUCCAAAGAAUGAUACGACAACGUUCGCAAAAGACGAGCCGACAUUCCUUGAUUUGUCCAUUCAAUUCAAAUUCAUGAAUGGAUUGGAGUUGAAUGGCGAGUUCAACAGCCAGAGCGAUACAUUUAAAACGUUAUUCGAUUAUGUCAGUCUGAAAACACAACUGGCACCACAGGUUUACAAUUUCGAAGAAACGCGUCGUGGUUGCAAGGAGACAUGA